CGGUGACGCCCGUCCCGACGACGCUUGUCGCUAAUCGUGUAGACGUUACUGCUCACGAGUGUAAGCGCCGUCCUAUCAUUCCUGCCGCUGGGGAGAGUCACGCCCACCUGCACCACAUGGUUCACGCAACGGGCGACAAGCCGCCUCCCGUAACCCGUAUCAGCUCAUCGGAAGAUGCGGCGGCGCCACGGCACGCGCGCUCCCGAAGACAGGAAUUUCGCCUGCAGAUCUCCCGCAACGGCCGACCCGCUCCCGAUAGCGAUGGCCGAUCUCCCGAUACCGUUUCAGCUAUGCAUGCGAAACUGGAGCAACUCUGACACAGAAUCUCGCUCGCGUGCACGCGUCGCGGUCAUUUCCAUUGUGUGUCGGUAAUUCAACAGCUAUCCCCUCGAUGCCUACACCUGACUGAAGUCUAUGCAUGCAAUUGCAAUGGGC